AUGGUCUUUGGUACUGUUAAAGAGGUAUCUGUUAAUUUUAUUGAAUCUAUUUUUAAGACUUUCAAAAUCGUUGAAGAAAUAUCAAAUACAAAUUUAAUUAAUUGUACAUUUAAUAAUAAUAAUCCAAUCCAACAAUCUAACUCUGUUUCAAUUGAAAGAUUUUGGAAAAUUUAG